AUGAUCUCUUUACAUAGUAUUAUUCUCCUUUUGGGUCUUGUGGCAGCUGCUCUAGCAUGCGCUCCAAAUAUGCCACAGAGAAGUCCAUCAAAAGGAUACUGCAAGUUCUACAUCGACGGAUCCAGUGACUACGACAGCGCUCGCAAAAAGAGAGACUCUUCCUCAUCGUCUUCUUCUUCUUCGUCUGAAUCUGGAGGUAGCAAGGGAGGUAAAGGAGGCAAAGGAGGUGGUGGUGGAGGAAAGAAAUUCAACCGAAGCAAGAAGAAGAACACGAAGUGCUACGAGUACGAAGAUGGAAGUAAGGAUCAAGGAGCUGUCCUCAAUAAGGGAGUCAAGUACACUGUUGUUGUGACCAAGGGAGAAGAAGUGACCACUGUGAAGCCAAAGGAGGUUAAACACGGACUUUGCCUGUUCUACAUUGACGGAACAAGCGAUGUCACCAGUGGUCGCAAGAAGAGAUCAACCUCAAAAGUGUUCACCACAACCAAGAAGAAGUCGACCAAGUGCUACGAGUAUGAGGACGGAACCAAGGAUGAGGGUGCUGUCCUUAACAAGGGAGUCACCUACACCGUCACUGUCACUAAAGAAGUUAUCGAAUAG